AAGAAAAUCUCGGCUCAAGGCGCGUGACAUUUGAUCCCCUCUGCCUGGGUAACCUCCAGUGGGAUCGAGUGCGCGUCAGGGAGUCACACGUUUGUCGCCUAGAGUGAUAUUGCACUGCCAUUCUUCUGACACGUUUGAUCGCCUUGAGUGGUCUUCAAUUGAUUUGUUUCACACGUUUGUCGCCUAGAGUGAUAUUGCACUGCCAUUCAUUUGACACGUUUGAUCGCCUUGAGUGGUCUUCAAUUGAUUUGUUUUUCACACGUUUGUCGCCUAGAGUGAUAUUGCACUGCCACUCAUUUGACACGUUUGAUCGCCUUGAGUGGUCUUCAAUUGAUUUGUUUCACACGUUUGUCGCCUAGAUUGUCUUCAAUUGAUUUGUUUUGCUGGGUGCUUCCGAGGCAGUCUCUGCAAUCUUUCGUUAUGCCACACGUACGGAGUGCAAGUGCUCGCAUUAUGCGUCGGGCGCUGGCUGUUCAAAACGGAUACUGUGUGCAUUUACCUAUUCGUUUGCCUCUGGAUGGUUUGGUGCCACCUACGUGUCUCCCACCACCAGGGCUGGAGCGGGCGACUGCCGAUUUGGUUCUAGAUUAUCUCUUGUUGCGCGAUGCACCUGUUGUUAAACGCAGUUUGGAGGAGGAGGGGGAGGCUGACAUUGCGACUGUUUCGGAUAAUCUUUCUUGCCGUUUGCAGGCUUCUGAAUCGCUGGUUGAUGUAGAUAUUGGAGUGCAGGCUUCUGAAUCGCUGGUUGAUGUUGGAGUGCAGACGGUUGAUGUUGCGGACUUUCAUUGUGAAGUCGGCUGUCAGACAGAUAGUGUCGUUGGGAUGGAGGGAGGAGCUUCAGGAGUUCUUCUUGGGAAAGUGACUGUGGCGGCGGAGGAGGAGCUGGAGGCACCCUCGAGUGCGGAGUCUUCUCCGAACGUGCAGUCUGAUUCUGAUAGCCGCGCCUUGUCAGGAGCGUCCCAGGGGUGUCUGAAUCGCCCCGUCACGCUCAAUGAGGUAUCGAAGGAGUCGCGCCAGAGGACUCGAGGGAGAGAUCGUGACAAGGUCAAGGGGACAUCGACGUGCUCUCAGGCCACCAUUGCCGAUGUCAAAGCGUGGAUUGACGCUGUUGCCAGCAUCAACGAGUUGAAUGCGAUCCAGUAUUUAAAGAACGGAAUGGAUUUGUUUGAUAAGCUGGUGACAGAACGUGGGUUCCCUACAAAGAAGGCCCAAAAAGAUUAUGCUCGGAAACUGUAUGAGAUGCUCCAGAAUGUGCAAGCGACGCUGGAGGAUCUUCUAGGAUUCUUCGAGGUGCACAGGUUCUUGACAGGACAAAUGAACCGCGCCGAGAUGGCCAAGUUCCUUGAGGUUUCCAAGUGCAGCGAUUACCGAACAAUAUUCUUUGGACGCCCGAGGAGUUUCGACAAGUUGGGAUGAAGCUAUUCGUGCGCACUUGUAUGCAACUUUCGGUUUAGAACAGCGAAGGCUGUAAUUCUUGUAACUCACCUGUUCUUGUUUUCCUCACUUCAUCUCUCUGUUUGACCUCUCGCUGGAGCCAUGAUGGCUCUACGGCCCGCUGUGGGCCCCACUAAGCGCUUCAGGUGUGUAAAGGGCAGGUGCCCCUCAUAUUCUUCAGGUGACGUUCUUCCACGGGUUGUUUCCCCGUCUAAUUCGUUGAUUACUUCACAUGUGACGUUGAGCAUGCGCCUCUUGUCAUACGGCGGGUUGAACAUGCGUAUUUCGGACUGGUUUGAUGUGAAUAAGAGUUUGUGCUCACUCACGCCUUGCCUGUUUGGAUGCGUCCGCUCCUUGCUCCGACUAGGCUGGAAAGCCUGCGCAGUCGACCGCAAAGUCCGCAAAAAAAAACCUGGUUGACGGUUUACCGCCGGCUCCCAGUAACUCGUAGAGCUUCCCUUAGCAAGUUGUUGCUGGAAGCUUAAGAGUAAUUUCGGGACGCUUUCUUCAUGUCUACCGAGGAGCGCCGUGUGAGAAAAGAGCUCUGCGAGGUGCCCGGCGGAACACGUUUUGGGUAGCCUCUUUCUUCUCUAACCUGUCCUACACCUUUGCAAUUUCACAUGUCGUGCUGCAUCCUUUUCCUUGUUCCUGCAUCCUAUUCCGAUGCCUAUGCCUCAGUGGCUCGGCAGUGUGAUGAUAAGAGAUGCCUUCUCUAGCUACCCUGUGCUCCGUUUGGGAGUCUUAGGGCUCAGCUGUCACAGCUGUCCGCGCCCUGACUCAAACUCGAAAACCUGG